GCUGCUAGCUGUAAAGAAAUGGACGCAUUGAAGCCAUGGCACUGCAAAGAUGGCCGAUUUGAGGGAAAGGUGCUCUACGCAUGCGUGAAAGUUGGACCACAUCGACAUUUUUCAUAAAAACGACACACAUCACGGUCUCGAAACGUAUAGCAUUGCAGAUAAACACAUUCUCCAUCGAGUAAUAAAGAGGUAAAGUGUUUUAUAGGGCUAAUACGUUGUGUUUUUAGUUGUGUUAAAGCAGCUUCGCUAGCUUAGCGUCCAUUUGUAGCUCAUUCAUAUUUUAGAAACGAGCAAUACUUCCCACAAUCCUGUGCGACGUUACGGUUAGAGCUUUCUACUUGGUUGUCUUUCCCGUGGAACGUCUCUGGCAGCAGGCUGCUAAAACGGCAAGAAGCGACCGACCGGCGGGGGAGGCAGGCAAGGCAAAGGAAAGGAAAGGACAGGGGGAGUUUAGGCUGUGUCCCGUAUUUGGAAUAAGCAAGACUAGACUACAGCUUUGCUCCUGACGUGAAACGAGCUCCUCUGUAACCUUCAAAAGGGACCCGCAUUUUUGACGGCUAACUUACUGUCGGGCUGUUGGAACUCUUGAACUAACCGUCGCGUUGAACUGUGAAGAAACUAAAGAGACAUUUGGACGAAGAAUGGGAUUUAAAGAACAUAUCUGCCAGCACUGAGUUGUGAAAACAAGGGAAUAUUUUCCAGUUGGAUGGAAAACAACUACACUGUCGAAAGGGGAUACAUUCAGUAGGGCUCUGUUAACACUGCGCAUAUUGUAUGUCAACUCCCGGGGGAAAAGGGGCAACGAUGGCAUUUAAGAAGCAAGAAAAGUAACGUUAACGGUAGCUCGCUGGCUAGCCACAUAGCUAGCCUAGCAGCUAACUAAGCCUGUGUCGCCCUUCCAUUCCUGGAGCAGAGGAGGGGCGCUGGGGCUUUGUAGCAUUGCAGAUCUGCCUUGCAUUUUUGGGUCGCUGCAAGAAUGGAGAAUCCUAAAUAUCCAACACAACAACUCAGGGGGAUCUGCUGAACCGCGUCGACUCCAUUCUUUUCCCAUUUCUAACCGAGAGAAGACCUUAAAACUGCCACUUUACGUUGGGAUUUGAUCAAAUCAGCCGGCCCGGGGCAGCCAGGGUCUGUAACUGUGACUACUUAUUUUUGCCCUGUGGGGAUAGCUUUCAUCAAAUGGGGACGUGCUACAUAUUUUAGAUUCUGGACCUUGACAGGGAGACCAUGACUUUGCCGGUUUUAACGCCGAUUUAGCCCAGGCCAACUUAAAAAGUUUUAUUAUUUUCGGGAUACAUUUAAGAACUUCUUUACAGGCCCACUCUGUGCUAGGCCGUUUGCUAAUUUCCCCUCCCCAUUCCCUUCAUCAUCAUUCAUUACUUUAAAAACCCGGAAUAAUCAUGUCGGGAGAGGUGCGUUUGAAGAAGCUGGAGAAGCUGAUCCUGGAUGGCCCGGCUCAGUCUGUCGGCCAGUGCCUGAGUGUGGAAACACUGCUGGAUAUCCUGGUGUGCCUCUACGAUGAGUGCAACAACUCCCCACUCAGAAGAGAGAAAAAUAUCCUGGAGUUUUUGGAAUGGGCUAAACCCUUCACUUCCAAAGUGAAGCAGAUGCGCCUGCACAAGGAAGACUUUGAGAUCCUCAAGGUGAUUGGACGAGGAGCCUUCGGAGAGGUUGCUGUUGUAAAAGUGAGAAACACUGACAAGGUAUUCGCCAUGAAGAUCCUCAACAAGUGGGAGAUGCUGAAGCGAGCCGAGACGGCGUGUUUCCGGGAGGAGCGGGACGUGUUGGUGAAUGGGAACUGCCAGUGGAUCACCACCCUGCACUACGCCUUCCAGGACGACAAUAAUCUGUACCUGGUCAUGGACUACUAUGUGGGUGGUGACCUGCUGACUCUGCUCAGUAAGUUUGAGGACCGGCUGCCGGAGGAGAUGGCUAAGUUCUACCUGGCUGAGAUGGUGCUAGCCAUCGACUCUGUUCACCAGCUACACUACGUCCACAGGGACAUAAAGCCCGACAACAUCCUGCUGGAUAUGAACGGCCACAUCCGCCUGGCAGACUUCGGCUCCUGCCUCAAACUCAUGGAGGACGGGACGGUCCAGUCCUCCGUGGCGGUGGGGACUCCAGACUACAUCUCCCCAGAAAUCCUCCAGGCUAUGGAGGAUGGGAAGGGCAAGUACGGGCCUGAGUGCGACUGGUGGUCCCUGGGCGUCUGCAUGUAUGAAAUGCUGUACGGCGAGACUCCCUUCUAUGCAGAGUCCCUGGUGGAAACCUACGGGAAGAUCAUGAACCACAAGGAGCGCUUCCAGUUCCCGCAGCAGAUCACAGACGUGUCAGAGGAUGCGAAGGAUCUGAUUCGCCGGCUCAUUUGCAGCCGAGAGCACCGAUUGGGCCAGAACGGCAUCGAAGACUUCCAGCACCACCCCUUCUUUGUUGGCAUUAUCUGGGAGAACAUUCUCACAUGUGAGGCUCCCUACAUCCCAGAAGUCAGCAGUCCUACAGAUACCUCCAACUUUGAUGUGGAUGAUGACUGCCUAAAGAACUCGGAGACCAUGCCUCCGCCCUCUCACACUGCCUUCUCCGGCCACCACCUGCCAUUUGUGGGCUUCACCUACACCAGUAAAUGUUCCCUAUCAGACCGUUCCUCCCUGCGGCAGCUGGUGGGGGAUCUGGGUAAGCCGGGAGAGGACCAGCUGGACCUGGUUGUCCAGCGAGGCCUGGAGGACAGCCUGGCCACAGAGGCCUACGAGAGGAGGAUCCGCCGCCUGGAGCAGGAGAAGUUAGAGCUGAGCCGCAAACUGCAAGAGUCGACUCAGACGGUGCAGGCCCUGCAGCAUCCAUCAGGCGAGGGCCCUGUUGGCCCCAACAGGGAGGGGGAGAUCAGGAGUCUGAAGAGCGAGAUCGACAUCCUCAAGAAGCAGAUCGCUGACUCGGGUCAGAUUGAGAAGCAGCUGGAGGACGUGUCGCUGGCCCGCAGAGACCUGGAGGACUCCUCUAAACACACCAGGACUCUGGAGAAACAGAUGAAGAGCGUCUCACAGGAGAGGGACGACAUGCACAAGGAUAUCUUGGAUGCCAACGAGAAGCUGAAGGCUCAGUCGAAGGAGCUGAAGGACGCUCACAGCCAGAGAAAACUGGCAAUGCAGGAGUUUUCAGAGCUCAAUGAGAGACUCACAGACCUCAGGUCGGUGAAGCAGCGCCUGGCCCGCCAGCUGCGGGACAAAGAGGAGGAGGUGGAGAGUCAGGGUCAGAAGGUGGAGGCACUCCGCCUCGAGGUGCGAAAGGCCGAGAGGGCCAAGAAGGAGAUGGAGGCGCACUCUGAGGAGCAGACAGCAGAGGCUCAGAAAGAGAGGAAGCUGAGGGAGCGUAAUGAGCAGUACAGCCGACAGCUGGAGGAGGAGCUUGAAGGGCUUAAGGUGAAGCAGGGGUCCUCUGCCCCCACCGCCUCAGCGGACCAGACCCAGGAGGUGGGGCGCCUGCGGGGAGACCUGGAGAAGAAGACGCUCCUAUACGAGGAGGAGCUGGCGCGCAGGGAGGGGCAGCACGGCAGCGAGCUGAAAGGUCUGCGCAAAGAGCUGCGGGACGCCGAGAGCCAGCACCUCGCUCUGCAGAAAGAGAUCCUGAUGCUCAAAGACAAGCUGGACAAGACUCGCCGCGAGAGCCAAAGCGAGAGGGAAGAGUUUGAGACCGAGUACAAGCAGAAGUACGAGAGGGAGAGAGUCCUGCUGACCGAAGAGAACAAGAAGCUGUCCACUGAACUGGAUAAGCUCACCAGCAUGUUUGAGAAGAUGAGCAGCUCCAACAGGCAGCUGGAGGACGAGAUGAGGGAGCUGGCCGACAAGAAGGAGAGUGUGGCUCACUGGGAGGCCCAGAUCACGGAAAUCAUCCAAUGGGUGAGUGAUGAGAAGGAUGCUCGGGGUUAUCUGCAGGCUCUGGCCACCAAGAUGACAGAAGAGCUGGAGGGACUGAGAAACACCAGCCUGGGAGCGAGGGCCACGGACAUGCCGUGGAAGAUGCGGCGUUUCGCCAAGCUGGACAUGUCGGCCCGUCUGGAGCUGCAGUCGGCCUUAGACGCUGAGAUCAGAGCCAAGCAGAGCAUCACGGACGAGCUGAACAAAGUCAAGGCCAACAACAUGUCCACAGAAUGUAAACUGCAAGAUGUGGAAAGUAAAAACCAGGAACUCCUCGCAGAGAUCGACAGGCUGAAGAAGGAGACGGAGGAGCUGCGGCUACGAAGAGGUGUCAAGCACCAGGAUUCCCAGAAUUCCUUCUUGGCUUUUCUCAACGCCCCCACCUCAGCGCUGGACCAGUUUGAUCGCUCGCCAUCCGUUGGCCCAGCUAGCAAAGGCAGACGCGUGGACUCCAUGGAUAACUUCACCCCCUCCAACACUCCAUCCAGGGACGAUGACCCCAAGCUGCACCUCAAGUCCCGCUCGCGGUCACCCUCCAUGGCCAGUGAUAUGGAGCCCAUAGAGUUGAUAGACCACCCCCCUCGUACAGUCCAGACCCCCACAAUGCGCUCAGGAGGGUACGGCAGUAUUGGACGCUCCUCUCCUAAGCCCAAAGCACAUCAGUUUGUGGUGAAGUCCUUCAGCACCCCCACUAAGUGUAACCAGUGUACUUCCCUCAUGGUGGGGCUCAUACGUCAAGGCUGUACCUGUGAAGUGUGUAACUUCUCCUGCCAUGUAACGUGUGCGGACAAGGCUCCAGCUGUGUGUCCCGUGCCCCAGGACCAGACCAAGGGCCCGCUGGGUAUCGACCCUCAGAGGGGCAUCGGUACUGCGUAUGAAGGCACCGUCAGGGUGCCCAAACCUACGGGGGUGAAGAAGGGCUGGCAGAGGGCGAUGGCUGUGGUGUGUGACUUCAAACUGUUCCUGUACGACCUGGGAGAAGGAAAAGCCACUCUGCCAAGUGUCGUAGUCAGCCAAGUCAUAGACAUGAGGGAUGAAGAGUUUUCAGUAAGUUCUGUCCUGGCCUCUGAUGUCAUCCACGCCAGUCGCAAAGACAUCCCCUGUAUAUUCAGAGUGACGGCGUCCCUGCUCUCCCCCUCCGCCAACCACAAGCCCUCCAUCCUGAUCCUGGCCGACAGCGAUCAGGAGAGGAACAAAUGGGUGGGCCUCCUCAACGAGCUGCACCGCAUCCUCAAGAAGAACAAGCUGAAGGAGCGCUUCGUCUACGUCCCCAAGGAGGCCUACGACAGCACCCUGCCGCUCAUCAAGACCACACAGUCUGCUGCUAUCAUAGAUCACGAGCGCGUAGCCCUGGGCAACGAGGAAGGCCUUUUUGUAAUCCAUGUCACCAAAGAUGAAAUUAUCCGGGUGGGGGACAACAAGAAGGUGCACCACAUCGACCUGAUCUCCCAGGAGCAGCUGCUGGCGGUGAUCUCCGGCAGGAACCGCCACGUGCGUCUCUUCCCCACGCAGGCGCUGGACGGCCGCGAGACGGAGUCCUACAAGCUGGCAGAGACAAAGGGCUGCCAGACCAUCGUCUCCGGCCCCGUGCGCAACGGCUCCCUCACCUGCCUCUGCGUGGCCAUGAAGAGGCAGGUCAUCUGCUACGAGGUGAAUAAGAGUAAAGCUCGUCACCGCCGGCUGAGAGAGGUGCAGGCCCCGGGGCCCGUUCAGUGGAUGGGUCUGCUCAGUGAGCGGCUCUACGUUGGAUACCAGUCUGGAUUCACCCGCUACAGUGUCCAUGGUGACGUGUCCCCCGUCAACCUGCUCCACCCCGAGGACCACACCCUGGCCUUCAUCCCGCAGCAGAGCCUGGAUGCUUUCUGCGCCGUGGAGAUCUCCAGCAAGGAGCUGCUGCUGUGCUUCAGCUCCAUCGGGGUGUACGUGGACUCUCAGGGCCGCCGGUCCCGGCAGCAGGAGCUCAUGUGGCCCGCUGUGCCCAUCUCCGCCUGCUACAACGCCCCCUACCUGUCGGUGUACAGUGAGAACGCUGUGGAUGUAUUCGAUGUCAACACCAUGGAGUGGAUUCAGACCAUCCCUCUGAAGAAGGUGCGACCUCUGAAUGUGGACGGCUCUCUGAACCUGCUGGGCCUGGAAACAGUGCGGCUGAUCUACUUCAGAAACAAGAUGGCCGAGGGAGAUGAGCUGGUUGUCCCGGAGACGUCAGACAACAGCAGGAAGCAGCUGGUGCGCAGCAUGAACAACAAGAGACGCUUCUCCUUCAGGAUACCGGAGGAGGAGCGGCUCCAGCAGAGGAGAGAGAUGCUGCGAGAUCCCGAGAUGAGGAACAAGCUGAUCUCUAACCCCACCAACUUCAACCACGUGGCCCACAUGGGACCAGGAGACGGGAUCCAGAUCCUCAAAGACCUGCCCAUGAACGUCCGUGUUCAGGAGAGCCGGGCGGGCUUCAGCGGCUCCGUCAGCAUCCCCUCCAUCACCAAGAACCGGGCGGAGCCGGGCCGCUCCAUGAGCGCCAGCAGCGGGCUGGGCAUACGCUCCUCCUCUCAGAACGGCAGUGCGCUCCGCAGAGAGCUGUCGGGGGGGAGCUACAGCUCCAAACGGCAGACCAUGACCUCCCCCUCGGAGAGCUCCCUGUCCUCAGGGGGGGGCAUGGACUGCGGCGACGCACCGCUCUCACAGUUUGACAGAGAGUGGCAGGAGGUCUCCCCGUCGGAGAAGACCCCCGAUCUGAAAAGGGCUUUAAGGACCCUGCUUAGUAAGAUGAAGGACUCGGACUCCCCCCGUCACUCCACGGCCUCCAACAGCUCCACCUUCAGCAGCCCCCCCAGCCCGGCCUCUCCUCACAAGGCCAAGUCCCUGUCCCUGGAGAGCACAGACCGGAUGGGCUGGGACACAUGAGCCUGACACCUCUUCCCUCCCGCCACCCCCCGACCGACAGCACAGGACUCCCCCCCCCCCCCCCCCCCCCCCCCCACUGCCCAGAGAACUGCACCUCCUGACGAACAUUUGUCCCACUUUACGACCUCAAAUUGUCUCAUCGUACUUCCGAGAUGGGGAGUCGUCAUUUCUGAGGGAGAACUUUAAAAAUGAGUGUACAUGUGGGUGCUGAUGUUUGAGGUGUGUGUGUGUGUGUGUGUGUGUGUGUGUGUGUGAGUGUGUGUGUGUGUGAGAGAGAGAGAGAGAGAGAAAAAAGCUGUAUGCGUUUGCCAAGAAGAGUGUGUGCAUGUGAUAAUUCAGAAAGGGCAUACGAUAUAGGAAUGAAGCGCUCCCGUCUUUUUGCUAUCAACCGAAGCGUCAUUGACACUACUCUGUCCCCCCCCCCCCCCCCCCACGCUGAGAUUCAUUCAGAGACUCAAAAGCCUCACGAUGCAACAAAAAGAGAAGAGGAUUAUAAUGAGAGAACAGGAUUUGUACUUGUACAUAGGACCCGUUGGGUUUUAGGGGACGAUAUUUUAAUUUAUUUAUCAUUCUUAGAAGGGAGGCUUGUUUCGCUUCAUGGCCAGAAUCAGAUGGGUGGAGUUUAGCCCCCCUCACUUCCCCUUUCUUUGCUUUCUCUUUGGGUGCUGCAAAAAAUUCUAAAUGUAAAAAAAAAAGAAAAAGGAGAAAGGAUUUUUUUUUGCUCAUGAUAUUAAGUGCAGUGACUUUAUACUAUUUUUUAUUUUGACCAUCAGCAAAAAGCUACUAUGACAUCAUCACAUCUGUGCUCUCUCCUUAUUGGUCCAACGCGAGUGACAUCAUAGUCAUAGUGUAGACGCUCCGCCUUGCUGUACAACCAAACUGACCAACAGGUUCCCAUCACAAUAAUGUACAUAGGUUCAAAGUAGAGAGUAAUAUAUGAUAAGGAAAUACUUUAGAGAACUACACAGGAGAGACAAAAAGAUCCUCCUUGACGUUUAUUUCUUAUUUCCUUUGUUUUCAGAGUGAUUCGGGUUGUGUUCACACAAAAAGCCAUUUUAAACCACUUUUUUUUUACCCAUUGAUUUUUAAUUAGUUUUAUAUUUUAUGUAUGACACGUUGUUUUCUUUUCCCACUCUGUUUGCGUUUGGAUCAACACUACUGUAGAGUGAACAUUUAUCACACAUGUACCCACACACACACACACACACACACAUGCUGAGGUGGUGUUUUAUGCCUUCGUCCUGCUCCUCCUCCUUCUCACUGUCGGAGGAGGAAUUGAAAAUGUAAUCCACAGUUUCUGUUCACGGAAAAGAUCAGUGUUGAUUUAACCCAGAAACUAAAAGGACAUUAGAGGACGUUCUUUCUCAUGUAUACUCUGAAGACACAUUUGUUAAGAAACACUACAAAGGAGAAUGUAAAACACUUAAAGUGGGCACCGUUUGAUGAAUGAACCUCAGUGCUGCCUGUUGUCUGUAAGGGCUGGAUGUCUACACCCCCGAGUAGAAAGGCCUCUGUAACCUCCUGAUGGAAAAGUGCUUCGGUCCAGGAAUGCUUCAUACGGCAGAAGGGGGUCAAACUGUACGGGAACAACAUUAAACACUAAAUAAAAUGUGGUUCUAACGUGGUAUUAUCUGUAAGAACGCACAGUAUUCUAAUACUGACCUGCCCGAAUCUAAACUAUUCCAUUGUGUUUGUUAGAAAGGGACACAAAAACCAAGUGGCGCUAAAAUAACCCAUUCCAAGUGUUUUUAUUAAGUAUUCCAUUUUAUAUAAAGAGAAAGGAGGGGGGGGGGGGUUAUUCCAAACAACCACCUAUUUUAAAAGCUAGUGAGUCUCCUGGAGUUUCUGUAGAAUGUAUUAGAUAGAUGGGGCGGGGUGGGGGUGUUUUAUUAUUGGCCAAUAUUGUACAGAAAAACUGAUCCUACACAUCCCAGUUAAAGGAAAGAGAAACUCAGGAAUUGUCCGAAGAACCAAUGAAUUAUUUUCAUCUCGAUGGGAAUGAUAAGGAUGGAUGGGUGAGGAGAGACGAGUGUACAGAAGAGGUGGAGGCGGCAGGAUAAAGGUGGAGAAAAUGUUUUCAGGUGGCAGGGGGUUUGAGGUGCCACAGUGGUAAGGAAAUCAACAAAAAAAAAUUCAAACGCCUUUGCAUUUCAGUGAGGUCUUAUCUACAGUACCUUCUAUAUUAUUUUUGCUCUUUCAUAUCAUAUUACACUUUGUUGUUUUUUCUAGGAUUGCUUUGUAAUAAUUUGUACAGUUUUGCAUGUUAUAGAUGUAAUCAUUUUUGUUUUCGGUUUGUUGUUUUACUUGCUCCUUUUUUGAACGGUUUGGGCGUUUUACUGAGGAUAACCCACUACAGGUGAUGUAGAAUCUGUUUUGCACAAAAAAGAAUAUUUAAGGUGUAAGGUCAAAACAAAAAAUAAUGUAUGGAACUGGCUGCCACACUUAUGUGGAGAGCUCAUUAUAUUAACCUGACUCCGAUGUAUUUCAAUAAAGCGGAGGGCUGUUACAAAUACAA